GCUUUGGAACCCCCUCCUCCGUCCACAACGCUCUAUCUCGUUGCGAACCGACUGCUACUCCCCGACCGUACAGCUCUGGGGACUCGGACUACUGAUUGCCAUGUUUGAGUCUGGCCUGCCGACGUACAGCGAUAUCCAAGCGCAUUAUCGGGCUCGCGCGGAGCUGAAGCAGAACUUUGCGACACUCAUCAACGACCAGCGGGACAUCCAAGAACUAUUCAAGACCGUCGCUGCAGAGCUCGACGCGACGCCGGAGGUUGGAGAGAAGCAUGCUUUGAGCGAUGAAUGGAAUAGAUUGCGUCGGAGGCAUAGUAAAAUCUAUCGCGAGUCUCAGCAGAACGCUGCGCUCUGUGCGCAGUUCCUGAAGAACUUCGCGGAGAUCCUUGUUCCCUUGUCGCAGUCCGAGGACUUGACUAUCGACCAGAAGAAGUUGAUGAUCGGGAAGUUCCUCGAGACAAUACCGGUACAUCUAAACGCGGCACAUGCGAACGCCGAGAGCUUCAGCGAGUUAGCGAAGGAUGUUGAGGUUUUCCCGCGCAAGGUUGCGAGCGCGUUGAGGAUCAAGGCCGAGCCGCCAGGUUUCCUUGCUAGCAUCUGGACCGGUAUCGAGGAAGUGUGCUAUAACGUGUGGCAGACUUUGAACCGGCUUCUGACAAAGCUAGUCUACACGUUUAAGGUGGCCCUUGCGCGCCUUGAGAAGUUGCGCUUCUCCUGCUUUGGCAUCUCAGUGGAUAUACACUUCAACCGAUAUGAAUCGCUCGUACCAGCUCCAUUGACUGACAACGAGUCAGAAGAGGCGAGGCGCGAACGGAUCGCGAGCGAAGUCCAGGACAAUUGCGACGCUCUCCAGCACAAGCUGACCGCGUUCGAGAGCGCGUGGCACAUUGUGCGCCUGGCGUGCUCCAAAUUGUCGUCGGAUCUCGCGCUCGCGAAGACCUUCACGACGUGCUACCCGCCGGUUCCGCAAGCCGUCGAUACGAACUUGAGGGCGGCCGCUUUGGUACAUACACCGCUUGUCGAUUGCCUAAACGCCUACUCGACUGGCCAGCUCCCGGACUUUCGUGACGGUUUUUAGGUUGCAUUUCCUGCCUCGGCCUGCAUUCCUUUACGAUGCGCGGGGCGACGUCUAGGUUGUAUACCCUUCGUACAUAACAUAUACGCACUCUCUCUCUAUAUAUGUAUGUAUAUGUAACGCCGCGAUGUUGUACAUCUUCUUUCCAU